GAGGGGCGGGGCCCGCAGAGUGGCGUUCCCGCCCGACCGCUCCGCGGCGUCCAGUCCGACUGCGCGCUCGCCAGCAUGUCGUUCGUCCGGGUGGCCCAGGACUGUGACUUCCCGAUCCACAACCUGCCCUAUGGCGUCUUCUCCACCACAGGCAACCCGAGACCCAGGAUCGGCGUGGCCAUUGGAGACCAGGUCCUGGACCUCAGUGUCAUUAAGCACCUCUUCACCGGGCCUGUCCUCUCCAAACACCAGGAUGUCUUCGAUCAGCCUACUCUCAACAGCUUCAUGGGCCUGGGCCAGGCCGCUUGGAAGGAGGCAAGAGCUUUCUUGCAGGAUUUGCUGUCUGCCAGCCAGGCCAGGCUCAGAGAUGACACGGAGCUUCGGAAGCGCGCGUUCGUCUCCCAGGUUUCUGCCACGAUGCACCUUCCAGCCACCAUAGGUGAUUACACGGACUUCUAUUCCUCCCGGCAGCACGCUACAAAUGUCGGAAUCAUGUUCAGGGGCGAGGACAAUGCGCUGAUGCCCAAUUGGCUGCACUUACCGGUUGGCUAUCAUGGCCGUGCCUCUUCCAUCGUGGUGUCUGGCACCCCAAUCCGAAGGCCCAUGGGACAGAUGAGACCCGAUGACUCUAAGCCUCCCGUGUAUGGCGCCUGCAAACUCUUGGACAUAGAGUUGGAAAUGGCUUUCUUUGUGGGCCCUGGGAACAAAUUUGGAGAGCCGAUCCCCAUUUCCAAGGCCCCUGAGCACAUUUUUGGGAUGGUCCUCAUGAACGACUGGAGUGCUCGAGACAUUCAGAAGUGGGAAUACGUGCCUCUUGGGCCAUUCCUCGGGAAGAGUUUUGGGACCACCAUCUCUCCGUGGGUGGUGCCCAUGGAUGCCCUCAUGCCCUUCGUGGUACCCAACCCUGACCAGGACCCCAGGCCCCUGCCGUAUCUCCGCCAUGACCAGCCCUACACAUUUGACAUCAACCUGUCUGUCGCCCUGAAAGGAGAAGGAAUGAGCCAGGCGGCGACCAUAUGCAGGUCCAAUUUCAAGCACAUGUACUGGACGAUGCUGCAGCAGCUCACUCACCACUCUGUCAACGGCUGCAACCUGCGGCCCGGGGACCUCCUGGCAUCUGGAACCAUCAGCGGGCCGGAGCCAGAAAGCUUUGGCUCCAUGUUGGAGCUGUCGUGGAGGGGCACGAAGGCCAUCGAGCUGGGGAACGGACAGACCCGGAAGUUCCUGCUGGACGGGGAUGAAGUUAUCAUCACAGGAUACUGCCAGGGGGACGGUUACCGCGUCGGCUUUGGCCAGUGUGCUGGGAAAGUGCUGCCCGCCCUCUCACCAGCGUGAUGCUCUCUGCUGUCCUGGAAACGGGGGGCUGGGCCCCCAUCCCACCCCUAGGGACCAGGGGACCCCGCCGUGGCCACUCUCCCUUCAGUGAUAAAUAAAGCCCUUGUGCUGUCCCCAUGCUCGGA